UAUUGUUCGCACUCAAUGAAACAAAUUAGUCCUACAAAAAAAAUCCAUUUUUUGUGUUUUUUCCGUUUACUAUCUGCGAUUUUGAAGUUUGUGGAUCGAAAAACUCAAUCGAAUAUGUUGAAAAUUGUGUUAUUUUUGAAUUGAUUGUGUUUUUAAUUCUGCAUUUCAUUUAAUUUGAUGACAUUAAAGUGUGUCAUGCAAAUGGGAUUUUGUUAGUUAUUGUUCGUGCGCCAAAUAAUAUUAAUAACGAAAUGGUUCCCAGGAAAAAUAAAGUGUUCUAAUUGAACCAAGUUGACAACACGGACAACAUAAAUAUCUUCAAAUCAACAUCCAAGAAGUGAACUCGAAACCAAAAUAAGAAAACAAAGUGCAUUGAAUGUAUAAUAAAAAGUAAAAAAGGCCGUCGUUUCAUUGUGAAGAGAUCAUAAUUCAGUGAAAUUGGCAUAUAUUUGUAAGAAAACGGAAGAAGAAAACAGUGCAUUAUCCAUUUGAAACUGAUUAGAAAGAUGCACACACAAAAUGGCGGAAGAUAGUGAUGGUACGUUAAAAGCAGUUGUAAUCUGUGAAGGCGACCUACAUGAUCCAGAUUUUCCGCAAAAAUUCCGCUCAUUAUUGGGUAGACUAAAGUCAAUAUUAGAUCCACCGAAGCGACGAAAACGUUUUCUCAAAGUAGACAAGGUUGAACCAUGGAACAGUGUACGUGUUACACUUUCGAUUCCAAAGGAGGCUGCUUCGAAAUUGCGACAAUUGGCAGCCGAAGGAAGUGCAGCUCUAAGAGCGCUUGGAAUAUUGUCUGUGCAACUCGAAGGCGAUACUGUGAUAUCUUUACGUUUAGUGGGACAAGAAGAAAUUGUUUUAAGGACAGAAAGCGAAAAUGCACCAGCCGUCAAUGGUCAGAAUCGGAAUAGUGCAGCCGCCAAUGAUUUUACAAAUUUACUUGCACACGUGCCUACACCACAGAACAAUCAGCAGUCACAGCAAACCAUAUGUGCCGGAAGUGGAGAAGGACCGAGCGGUUUGUCGACGACGACGACCAUUAAACAAUCGCAAAUCAUUCGAAUGAAUUCGAUUGAUCCAUCGCUAGGUGUAAAUGGUCCAUUGGAUCCAAAGGCUAUUUUUAAAUCGCCAAAUACAAUAUGUCCCAUGGAUGGUAAACUGCCAACGCCGGUGCCAUCGAAUAUAAUCGAAGCGCGUGAAUAUCCAUUUGAGAGUAUGACACAAGCACGUGUCAUUCAAAGACGUGAAAAUACGUUGGGUCAACAACAGAUACAAAAUCAACAACAACUACCACCACCAUCACCACAGCAACAGCAGCAGCAGCUGCAGCAGCCGCAACUUAUUCGACCACCAUCGACAGAUCAACAAGCACCACCACCGCCUCCAUAUCCGGGCGCAUCGCCGACACGUAAUGCCAAUGUGAAUAUGAUGAACACGCAUAUAGUCACAAAUAAAAUUGCGCUAAAUCAACAAGCAUCGACAUCCGGAAAUAUUGCAAUAUCAAGCCCAUUGCUUGUGAAUCUAUUGCAAACCGAAUCAACAUCGUCAUCGUCGUCAACAAAUGCACCAAAAACAAUGAUUGCCGCAAAUGCGCCAACAACAAUUAUGAAAAAUGGCCAAGAAAUCGUAAUACUGAGCAAUAAUUCGAUGCCACCGCAUCCAAUGCAACAAGUAAAUCAUACACAGAACUUUGUAAUUGCAAAUAGCAGUGGCACGGACUUAGGUUUUAAUAAAUGUAUAGUUAAUAAGCAAACGAUACAAUCGCCAAGCCCACACCAUCAAAUGCGUGUGCAACAACAAUUUGUAAAUGUGUCGACCGUUCAGUCUGUUCAAUCGACAAUCAAUGAGUCAAUGCAGCAAUCACAACAACAGCAGCAGCAGCAACAACAACAACAAACUCUAAUACAUAGCAACAAUAAUAGCGGUAAAGAUAAUAACAGUAAUAGCGAAAGAAAUCUAAACAAUAGUAAUGUAUUAAGCACAGUGCCACAACAAGCAAAUAGUAUCGUAAUCGCUGGUAAUGCUACUACAGUGCCUUCGACAAUAAAUAGCGUGAACAAAAUUCAAUCGAGAUAUCCUCAGCAGCAACAGCAUCAAGCGAUACCACCUCAAUUCCAACAACAAUUUGCAAAUCAAUCACAAAUCAGAGCCACCAUGAUAUCUGCUCAAAAUGCCAAUCAAUCACCACAAAAUCAUCAUCCAAAUCAACAGCCAAUGGCAAAUAUGAUAUCGAUACCACCUAAUCAAAUGAAUACAUCACCACAAACAAUACCCGCUCAAGUUGUAUUACAGAAGCAACAACAAAUACGUGCUAUGCAUCCAAAUAUGAUUGCUCAACAGCAGCAACAGCAACAAAUGAUCGGUGCCAAUAUUCAUCAUCAGGUUGAAUUCCGCCAACCGGCGCCAGCAACAAAUGUUGUUCUACAGCAAAACCAAAUACAACCAAAUCAGAUGCAACAGUUUCAGCAGCAAUCUCCACAUAUGAUGCAGCAGCCGCAGAUAAUAGCUGGAAAUUCAAUACAAUUUAAUACGCCAAUGGGAUCUCAACAAUCACAACAGCAACAACAAACACAGCCACAGCAAAUGGAUCAAUCAACAUUUAAUCCACGAUGGCCGUUAAAACCGAUGGAUUCGGCAACGCAAUCCAGUUUUCAAGAAUUCACGCGAUAUCAAAUGCAAUACAAUUUAAGUCAGCAACAACAACAAACGGCACCCGAAGAUUCACUAGCUGAUCAAUUGGCCGAUUUGGAUGAAAUAACACGCACCGAUUUAGAAUCAUUGUUGCCCAGUAUAAAUGAUACCGAUUUAGACUCAGCUUUAGGUUUAGAUAUGAAAGCGCCUUUAGAAUCGUUACUCGAUGCAAAAGAUUUGGAAUUGGAUCUAAUCGAUGAGACUAUGGAUACAACAGCAUCGACAAAUGUUCUUGGUGGAACUGGUAUUCCAUCGACAAAUGUCACAAACAAUCAAAUCGUAUGCAUGCCGCCACAACAAAAUCCAAAUAUGAUGCCAUUUCAGCAAAAUCAAUCAAAAAUUCCAAUGCAACAGCAACAGCAACAUCAUCAACAAACGGUCGAAAUGAAUAUUAAUCAUUUUCGAGCAGCGACGACAAUGGAUAAACGACCCUUAAAUCCUCAACAUCAAAUGCAACAGCAACAGCAACAACAACAAACCAAUAUGUUGAACCCAUCCAUGAACGCACCACAACAUCAUCCAUCGAUGCUUGGAAAUAUGCAAAAAACACCGCAUUCGCAUCCGCAUCCGCAUCAUCAAUUGAUUCAUGCGCAACAUAAAUUCGAGCAAAAAAUGAAACAACCGAUUGCUGGAAAGGAAAAGCAGGUGCUUAUAAACCCAUUGACUGGUGUACUCGAACCGAUUCCAUCGGAGGAGAGUGGCGAUGAGCUUGCUACAACUGAUGGUGGACUUGCAUCGUUCAAUGAAUUCAAUUUGACGACAUCAAUAGCGACACCAACACAAAUAACAACAGCAACAACAUCCAGUUUAAUGUAUUCAGAUGAUGAUAAUUCAUGCAGUACAUUCUCAAAAACAUCCGAUCACAGUGAUAACGAUCGUUCCAGCCUUUCGGAAUAUUCGGGCAAAGGCAAAAAUGCAGGCAAACGAAAAGAGAAAAAAGAAGUUGUGAAAAAGCCGAAAAUUCCAAAAGAAAAAACCCCAAAAGGUUCAUUGCUUAAGGAAAAACUGCAGCAAGGCUUGAAAGAGAAAAUUAGCAAAAACAAAGAAAAAAUUAAAGCAAAAAAUUUGCCAUCGCCCAUCAUUUCGAAUGCGACCAUUGCUGAAAUGAGUGACAAAAGUAAUCCUGAAAAAAUUAAACUACGCUUGAAAUUAGAAAAAUCCGAACCAGUGACACCAGCAUAUAAAGUCGAUGUGAGUUUUGGUGAUAAUUUAAAACGUACGCCAAACGUAUCGAAUCCGGCCGGUUCAUCAACAUCACACAACACAUCUUUGUCGGCAUCAAAUAGUCCAAUGAAUAGCACACUAACGCCGGGAAGUGAAGAAUUACGUGUGCCCCCAUUGCACAUUAGUUUACGCGGACGAAAUUCGGUUGUUAUUAAAAAUUCGAAAAAAGGCCGAAAGAAAUCUCAAAGCGGUGUCGAAGAUGAUGAUAAAAAAUCAAGCAGUAAAAAGUCAUCGUUGAGCAAUGCAGCGAAUCCAAGUACACCAAAUAUUGAUGCGACUCAACUUACAAACAAUACAAAUCGUUUACAUCACACUACCACCAAUGACGAUUCAACAAAUUUCAAUACAAAUACACCGUCAAAUGCAAUGGAUCAUUUUGUUGAUAGCAGUAGAGUUGGAACAUUGCUUGAAGACGGAACCGCCAAUCAAACGGAGAAAAUGGAUCAGUCAAAACAGUCAAAUCAGUCGGAAGCAACGAAACGAUUGAGUGGUGAUUUAAAUGCUUCAACAAAUGGACCAAUUCAAGCAGAAAAGAAGCGUCGAUUAAGUCAAAACUCAGUUUCAACGAUAGCCGGCAGUGGUCAAGAGAUGCCAAUAUCAUCAAUUACCGUUGGCACAACAUUGGUGACAUCGAGAAGCUCAAUGAUGCCAAUGACGGACAACUCCGUUGAGUCUAUCAGAGAGGCAAUCGGUUCAACGAAUGUUGGUACAUUGAAACAUUCAUCGUUAACACCGUCAAAAGUACAAAAAAGCACCAAUAAUAAUAACAAUAGUUUAACUUUGAACAAAGCGAACAAAUUAAAGACCAAAUCACUGAUCACUCUGCUCAAACAUCAACAACAGCAACAGCAAUCGGAUCAAUCGAUUGGAGCCAAUCAAAGUAUAUCGGUAGUCGAUAAACUGAAGCCAAAUGAUGUUGCGCCCCAAGAUGCGAUCGCAGAACGGGAUGGCGGGAAUGUUGAUGAAGAACAUCAAAACAAGCAAAAAUUUCGUGAAUCAAUUGAAAGUGAAGACAAUUCAAAAUCGAAAAACAGUCAAAUUGAAUUGAAUUCAAAUGCCGUCAAUAACACCGAUGACAAAUGCUUGGAAAAGAUAAAAAGUACUCAAAAUGAUGCGAAAACCGACGUGAUUGAAGUGAAUAACAUCGGAAACGGAAAUGAUUCUGGUCAAAAGUUAACAUCAAACUCAUCAAAUACAGCAAUCUCAUCGCCAUUUGUAAAUCAAACGAUUGAGGCCAAAGACUCACCACGCCGCGAUAUCAUUGAUGGAAUAAUAAAUGCAUCACAAGCCAUACGCUGUUCACCAGCAUCUCAAGCGCAAGGUGAAGACAGCGGAAUCGAAUCAAUGGAUGCGCUAUCCGAAAAAAGUCCACAUCAAACGGCAAGUCCACACCAAACAGCCAGUCCACAUCAAACGGCCAGUCCACAAACAAAUUACGUAAAACAUCUGGACAGUCCCAAGGAAACGUCGCCCUCAAAAACGUCGCCCGUCGACAGUGGCAAUGGCAAUGACAACGGUAGUGGUAAUGUUGCACUGCGCGGUGAAAACAUAUCGGCCGAAAAGUAUUCAAAUAUCGAAGCCGCAUUGGCCAAAAUGGAAGGUCUGAAUGAGUUUCUAACAAGUGACUGUGAUAAAAAUUCUGUUGAAGUCGAUACGACGUGCGACAGUCAAAAGAUGAAUGGUGAACAUUCAACGUUGGAAAAUGAGAACGCAGCUGAACUUCUGAACGAUCUCGUCGAAUCGAAAAAAAAUCAAAUCCUCUUGGCCGCACUUAACGAAGGCGAUGAUUCGUUGAACAAAAACACUGACAAAGAUAUCGUGUCGAACAUUGAUUCAAAUGAAGUGUGCGAAAAUAAGGAUUUAAAUGAAAAUCAAACGACCAUCGAAAUAGAAACAAAAAAUAAUGUUGACGAAAUGCCAACCAAACCGAUCGAUGAUGCCAAUGAGGAAAAGACAAAAAACACUUCAAACGAAAAACAAACCGUUGAAUCAAAUGCCAACCCUGUGGAACCAUUCAAACAAGAGCCAAUGCCACAAAUUGAGAAUUCGACAGAGAAAAUUGAUUCAGAUGCAAUAGAUACGAAAGAAAAUGAAACAAUCGUACCAGAAUCAAGUGAAUGUUUAUCGGAUUUCGAUCAAACUGUUUCGAAUAUUCAGUACAAUGAAAUGGAUAUGAAUCCAAAAUCCGAGCCAGCUAAAUCGGAAGAAGACAAAGAGAUUGAGGAUACAAUGAAGGCCAUGGAAGUCGAUUCAAAUGAGUCCAAAGUAUUGCAACAAUUAUCCAUUGAAAUUCCAUCCAAUGAGAAUGACAUUGCACAACGCGUACGAACGCGUGCCAGUAGUAAAUUGGAAAGUCCAUUGGAUGCAUUAAAACAAUCACCAUCAGAUUCACCGGCCGGUUCAACGAGAUUCGUGAAAGCGACAAAACGAAAACGUCACGAAUCGGAGAGUUCAACACAAUCGAAUGUAAGUGAUGACAUGCCGAUCCGUGCAAAAAAACCGCGAAAAAUUGGUGAUACAACAUCAAGUUCAACAUCGUCAACAUCAUCGUCGCCGACAAAUGUUCGAUCCAGCGGUGGACAAUUAAAAGAAAUGAUUUUGGUUAGCACAAUGACCACAUCCAAUUCCAAUUAUAAUAACGAUUCGGAAAAUAUGAUCAUUCGAAAAUCAGAGGAUUCAUCCGAUUCAGAUGAGCCGCUGAUUGAAGUAGCCGGAAAAGUACGUAAUGCCAAAAUGUGCAAAGUUAUUCUUGAAUCGGUCAUGCUAAAAAAUCAUCAUAAACCAUCGAUUGGUAGCGUUGUUGGUGAUCAACCAAUUGCCAGCACAAAUCAUGUAUCUCAUUCCAGUAACGAUGGUCAAUUGAAACAAAAUCAAGUACCAAAAAGUGGCGACGAAAAAAGUAGCACGAUGGGCACACGUCGAAGCGUACGAAUGAAUACGGGAACCAAAGCGUCGAAAGUAACCAACAAUCAAAACAGUCAUAGUGUUAGUGCGAAUUCAAUUGAAAAUCAUAAUGAUGCUCGUAAAAGUGGAAACGGUACAACGGCCAAUUCAAUCAAUAACAUCGAAUCAACGUCUUCAAUGGAUGCACGACGCAAAACUCGUAGCACAGGCUUGGACACAAUUGGCGGCGAAGGACGAAGAAGGCGACUGUCUCGUGAUAGCAAGUGACACAGAGCAUGCGUCUCCGAUGGCCAAAUGGACAUUGAUGAGACGCAUUUGAUUUCAAACGAUGAAUAUUAUGAGGUAUCACUCAGCAAUAGUGAUGAUAAUGAAAAUUCCAUUCAUUUCAUCGACACCAAUCAUGAAUUCGAGUGCAUUGAAGAAGAUGACACAUUGGAAGAGCAACAACAAACCAAUCAUGUUGAGAACUAUUACACCAUUGACAUUGAAGAUGAUUUUGACACCGAAACCGAUUUUGAAAAGGAUUCACUAAUCGCAUGAAACAAUAAUUUCAGUCUAUGUACAUUUCAAAGUAAAACUACAUAUAAAUCAGUGACAUAGAGAGUACAUAUUAUAUAUUGUCGUUGUGCAAACGAUAUGCACAUUUAUUUGAGAAAAAAAAAAAACGAAAAAUAUAUGAUAUGAUAAAACAUUUGUACUUGCUUUACACAAUAAAAAAAAGUAAACAAAAUGUGAGAAAAAUAAUGAAAUGACAACAAAUAAAAAUACUUAAGUGACAUUAAAUUGUGGACUAUGAACAAUUUAAAGGGCGGAAAAGUCAAGUUGAAAACAGCUAAAUUGCAUGAAACAUAAAAAAACCUGGCUGCAAAUAUCGUUAUACUAUAAGGACAAAUAAUUGUUGGUUGUCAUUUGAAAAUGAUGACAAGAUAAUGAAAUAAAAGAAAAAUGAAAAUACAUAAUAAUAUAUACCCAAGAGAGAAAUAAAAAGAAAUACAAAAGAUCAUUUAUCUACAUAGAAUUAUAGAAGAGAGAAAACAACAACACAUAAAUUUACUGCAACAGUAAACACAAACAUUUGAGAUAUGAAAAAUAAAUAAAUAAAUGACUAAAUACUAAGAGAAAUUAAAUAAAAACAAAAUGAAAAGAAAAAAUAUUAUUAUGCAAGUUAUAAGGAUUAACAAUAAAUUUAAAAUGUUUUUAUUAAGAUAUAACAUAUAGAGAAAAAGUGUCUUAUAUAUGUAGAGGAGAACGAUGAAGGAGAUAAAAAUGAAUAAUUAUGAUGAUUAAUAGCAAAAUGAACACACAGAUGCUUAAUUGUAAUAGCAUACAAUACACUUUAAAACAAAACAGAACAAAAAAGAAUAUUAAAUUCAUAAUAUUUUUUUAUAUUUGCUGGUCGUGGAAUAAGAGGGAAGCAAAACAAAACAUACAAAUACAGAUUAUAUGGAAAGUUCAGUGGAAAAUUCAAAUCAUACACACAAAAACACAUAUACAACACAAAUGUUCCACACAUCAAUCGGCAAAUAGAUGACAAAUAUUACUGUUUUCAAAGACAUCAACAAGCAAGUUAAUUACACACACAAAAACACACACACACACAGAAAAUAAAUUAAAACGUGUUCAUAGACAGAUUAGCAUGUUAACACAUUUAGGAUAUUUUGCCCCGGCAAAGCCAAUCCACAUUCAUUAAAAUACAAUUCGCUUACAAAA